GAAGGUGAAAGUGUGACUGGACGGGAGCUCAAAGCUCACAGCAGUGGAGUCGGGACAGCUUGGGUGUCAGCCAAUCAGAGCAGCAGGGUGCUCCGGUACCGGGUCCAAACCAUGCCGGUGAGACGGGGCCACGUGGCGCCUCAGAACACUUUCCUGGACACCAUCAUCCGCAAAUUCGAGGGACAAAAUCGAAGGUUUAUCAUUGCCAACGCACAGGUGCAGAAUUGCGCAAUAAUCUUCUGUAAUGACGCCUUCUGUAAGAUGUGUGGUUACACACGGGCGGAGGUCAUGCAGAAACCCUGCACCUGCAGCUUCCUCUACGGACCUCACACCAAGAGACCUGCGGUGGCCCAGAUGGCUAAAGCGCUGCUGGGAGCAGAGGAGAGGAAGAUUGAGAUUUCCCUCUACACCAAAGAAGGAGAGUCUUUCCACUGCGCCAUAGACGUGGUUCCUGUGAAGAACGAAGAUGGCUUGGUCAUCAUAUUUAUUCUCAACUUUGAGCUCCCCACUGAUCCCAGACCCACCAACAGCUCCCCCGCCAAGGAGCUCAACAGAGUGCUGCAGAUCCCCUGGCUGACCCUGGCUCGGCGGCAGCGUCUGCGCGUCCUCCUGCAAUCACUCAGCUCCAGCGCCAGUGUCCUCUCUCAGGAUUCAGAGCUAGGGGCUCCUCGGGCCGACCUCUCUCCCCUGGGACACCAGUCUGUGGCCCUGGACAAGCUGCUGUCCUUCCCUGAGAGACAGCAGCUUGAGGAGGCAAGAGCUGCACUCCUGCUGUGGGACCCAGAACGGGAAGAGGAAAAAGGAGAGCGACAAAAAGGGGGAGAGAGUGGCUCGUUGGUGGCGAGGAGGCGAAGGAGCGAGGGCGACAGAAGGAAAAAGGAUGGAGCUGAUGUUGGUGGGUUGCUGCUGGAUUUAAGUGGAGGAGGAGUAGGGCGGAUGAGAGGGAAGGAGCUCCUCACAGGUUCGUUUCAAGUUCCAGCCUCAUCACCUCCAACACUGGGCCAGCCAUCCGCGCCACAGAGGGGAGAGGAAAGAGGGAGAGGCCCAGAUGAAGACGACUGUCCUCUCCACAGGAACUAUCCUCCCAGCACGCUGGAUGGCAGCUGUAGGACAUUGAGACAUUCCUCCUCAGAGGAUGCCAUCAAGAGCGGGCAGAGUUACUGGGAGAAGAGGCAGCAGCUGAGACACAGCUGUACUGCUGGGAUGGUCACCACCAGAAAGAGCAGCGUGCCAUCUGGUUCAUCAGACAGUUACUCGCGCCGCCGGACCAACAGCCAGCAGAUGACCCGGAGCCUACAGGACACAAAGACGGAGGCCUACGUGGCGUUGCCCCCAGGUGAACUGAGACCUCCCUGCAAACUGAUUGACCGAACACACCAUGUCACAGAGAAGGUCACCGAGGUGCUAUCUCUGGGUGCUGAUGUGUUACCUGAGUACAAACUGCAGUCUCCCAGGAUCCAGAAGUGGACCAUCCUUCACUACAGUCCUUUCAAAGCUGUGUGGGAUUGGGUCAUUUUGCUCCUAGUAAUUUAUACGGCCAUAUUUACUCCGUAUUCUGCUACAUUUCUACUGAGUGACCAGGAGGAGGCAGCAAUACAAACCUGUGGUUACUCCUGUUCCCCCCUCAACGUAGUGGAUCUUAUAGUGGACAUCAUGUUCCUCGUUGACAUAAUCAUCAACUUCAGGACCACGUAUGUGAACUCCAAUGAUGAGGUGGUGAGCCAGUCGUCUCGCAUUGCAGUGCACUACUUCAAAGGCUGGUUCCUAAUUGACAUGGUGGCAGCCAUUCCCUUUGACCUCCUCAUCUACCGCUCAGGAGAGGAGGUGACCACCACGCUGAUUGGCCUGCUGAAGACAGCUCGGUUACUACGAUUGGUUCGUGUAGCCAGGAAGUUGGAUCGUUACUCAGAGUACGGUGCAGCUGUCCUCUUCCUCCUCAUGUGCACCUUUGCCCUCAUCGCCCACUGGCUGGCCUGCAUCUGGUACGCCAUAGGGAAUGUGGAGCGGUCUUCCUCGGCUGGAAUUGGUUGGUUGGACAAUCUCGGCGAGCAGCUCGGGAGGCCGUACAACGAGUCCAUCAUCGGGUCAGGUCCUUCCAUCAGAGAUAAAUAUGUCACGGCUCUGUACUUCACCUUCAGCAGUCUGACCAGUGUUGGCUUCGGGAACGUCUCCCCAAACACCAACUCUGAGAAGAUCUUCUCCAUCUGCGUCAUGCUUAUAGGAGCUCUGAUGUAUGCCAGUAUUUUUGGUAACGUGUCAGCCAUUAUCCAGCGGCUGUACUCUGGCACGGCACGCUACCAUGCUCAGAUGAUGAGAGUUCGAGAGUUCAUACGCUUCCACCAGAUUCCCAACCCUUUGAGGCAACGGCUGGAGGAGUAUUUCCAACACGCUUGGUCAUACACUAAUGGAAUAGAUAUGAAUGCUGUUUUAAAAGGUUUCCCUGAGUGUCUCCAGGCAGAUAUUUGUCUGCACCUCAACAGAUCACUGCUUCAAAACUUUAAGGCUUUUAAAGGAUCCACUAAGGGCUGUAUCAGGGCCCUGGCCAUGAGGUUUAAGACCACCCACGCUCCUCCUGGUGACACUCUAGUCCACACUGGAGACCUGAUAUCAGCUCUGUACUUCAUCUCUAGAGGAUCCAUAGAGAUCCUCAAAGGUGACGCGGUGAUAGCUAUCCUGGGGAAGAACGAUGUCUUUGGAGAGCCCAUCAAUCUGUUUGCUCUCCCUGGAAAAUCCAGCGCAGAUGUCAGAGCUCUGACUUACUGUGAUCUGCACACUAUACAAAGAGAGGAUAUGCUGGAGGUUCUGGGCAUGUAUCCAGAAUUUUGUGAAUAUUUCUGGUCCAACUUGGAGAUCACCUUCAAUCUCAGAGAUCUGAAGGAUGAAGACUCUGACUGUGAGGGCUCCAGCACGUCACUGAGGAAACACAAAAUGUCUUCCACUCACAAAGGUGACGCCACGUCAGCAGCGAGAGAGCGAGUUGGAUGUUCCAGACAGCAGAGUGUCUGUAAGCAGCGUGCAGGCAGCAACAGAGAUGACCAUCAUCAAACAAGUGACAACGAAGGGGAGGAUUCAGAGGAUAGCAGCCCUGCUCAGACUUGCAAGCUUGCUGCUGCCACAAAGGAUAUGAGGGAGAAAAACUGUAACCCUUUAACAGAUGCUUUGUCAGGAGUGUCCAACAUCUUCUCCUUCUGGGGCUCGGAAAGCCGAGAGGAGCCGAGAUACCAGGAGGUGCCCUGCUCCCACAGCCUUCCCUCACCUCCUCCUCAGCCUCCCUCCCAUGAGCUUCCCCUUCCUUUGUCCAUCCCUCAUAGGAAGAAAGUGGAGUUAGAGAAGAGGCUGGAGGCACUACAGAGACAGAUAACCAGGUUGGAGUCUCAUGUGUCAGCAGACAUCGGGACCAUCAUGCAGCUGCUGCAGAGACCCAGGCCAAUGAUCCCACCUUCCUACAGCACCCUGACACCAAUAUCCAACGCCCUCCCCCCCUACAAUGCGGCCUCCCCAACUGGCACCCCAAGCCUCGCCUCACCCACAUACAAGUCACCAACCACCAACUCCGGGCAGAGACUGUCGAAUGAAAACCGAGAUCAACAACAUGAACCAGAAUCUACCUCUCUGGAUUUUGAUUCCUCUGUCUUCCAUUUGGCUGCCCCCCCCCCUCUUAUGCAUACCUCCGUCAUUCACACUUCAUAUCAGUCACUGUUUUCUUCCCCCAGCGUUCCCCAGGACGCCUUCUCCUCCUCACCCCUUCCUCAAACUUCUCUCAUGGCUUCCCCCUCUGUCCUUCCUAAGACUGGAAGUCAACGUGUGUUUCGUUCAUAUUCCCGCCCUUCACCGCUGAGCCAUCUGAACCCUCAGUGGCCAGAGAGGCUUGAUCAACCACCGCUUCCUGUUAGGACACAGAGCUCAGACUCAGUCUCACAGGUACAGUUCAUCUUUCAGGAGCACAGUCUUUUAACCCACAGAGAAGAAUGAGAAACACUUAUAUGGGACAAUAACAGUGGUCUCAUUGGUGAAAGCGACGAAAUCUAUGAGGCUGAUAACUUUAUAAGCUUGUGCUUCCACACACCACUGACAUCAAAGGGUCCCAUCGUACUCUACACUCAACUGACUCUAUUUCUAUAGUUAUUUUCAGUUUUUGUAGCUCUUAGUGUUUGCCGGUAUGACAGCAUCGUAUUGGUGGUUAACAGAGGUGGAAAUUACAUUUACUCGCAUUACUGUAAUUGAGUAGUUUUUUGUGUACUUCUACUUCUACUUUCUAAGUAUUUUUUUCAAUCUGUAAUUUUACAUUUACUUAAGUAUUUUUUGUUUGAAGUAUUGUACUUCGCUACAUUUUAAAUCAUAUCCGUUACUGAGUAAAAAAAAAUUCAAAGGAAAAAAAAAUCGCGUUACUGCACUGAUUGAGUGAUAAGCGGGAGAACGAAGGCGCUAAACAAGAAUGAUGGAGACGGACAAAACAGAUGCAAACCCUGCUGAAAUCGAAUGAAAAUACGAAGCGUAGCCGCUAAACCGGAAGUACGUUGAUUUUCACAAGAAUCGACACAACCGUCUGUAAUGACUGCGGUUACCAGGGUAACAAGAGGAGAAAAGUUAAUUAACUGAUAUAAAUAAAUAAUCCUGGUCUGACGGGAUGUGUUAGCAGCAGUACUUGACUACACUCGCUGCUCUUGGCUCUGAUAUUUAUUGUCCACGUAUUGUUUUGCUUCAAUGAGCAGAGACAGUUUAAGGAGACGCAGCGUAAACGGUCCGCCACUGGAGUGCAUACGUCCCCACGUCAGCGAACCGUCGGUCGGAGCACCAGCGCCACCCCCCCCGUCAGCGAUCCACAGUUCAUGCCAUAUUUAGUGGUUGUAGAAAUGUUUAAAAUGUUUUAUUGGAUAAUCUGCACUAAAAUCCUCAUUUAUUAUUUUUGCUAUUACACUUUAAUUUGUAAAUGUCUUCCUUCAUUUAAAAACAACUAGAUUGAGAUUUAUUUCCCCUUGUCUUUUUUUAACUACACUAGAAUCCCGCACCCCACCCAGCUUUUAAAAAAGUAACUCAGUAACUUUUACAUUUUUAAUGAGCUACUUUUUACUUUUACUUGAGUAAAUUUUUAGACUGGUAACUUUACUUGUAUUUCAGUAAAAUUUGACUUAAGUAACAGUACUUUUACUUGAGUACAACAUUUUGUUACUCUUUCCACCUCUGGUGGUUAAAACACAGUUCCGAUCAGGUGUCAUACUCUGCCAACCUUUAAAGUGUAUAAUCACUGACUAAUUUGUCUCCAUUUGGUCUGAUUGUAGGGAUAUCAUCACUCAUAGUAUAUCAUCAUGAUGUAAAGAAAGAUACCACGUAGACACCCAUCAGUUUCUUCUUUGUAUAGCGUGGUUUAGAGAAAAGGUUUGUUACAGUAUGUUCAUAACAAACCCACAGGACUCCAUAACCAACUGUAUAUCUGUCCAUAGCAGCAUCUGAUGUCAGAUUGUGAGGUCCAGUCCUCCAAACGCCCAUCUGAUGGCAGACAACCGCUCCUUCAGACGGAGGACAGACCCUGUCCUCCUAUCAUCGUUCAUUCAGAGCUUCUGCCCAAAAGUGGAAUCAACCAAUCAGGGGGGGGUCCACGGCUCUCAUCUGCUCAAUACAAUACAGAAGCAGCAUCGCAGCGGCAUGGGAGCCAGCGGCGCAUGUCGAUGCCAGGUUCAUUCGACAGCGUCUAGCUGACUCAGCACCACAGUUCAAACCCAGCAGGUCAGAUUUUUCAAAUGCACACAAAAGGAUUUACAAAUAAAAUUGACAAAAAAAUGCUCGCUGAAAAAUUGACAAAUACAAUCCAAUGCACCAAUACGUAAAUUAUAAAUUUUCUUUCUGCAUUUGUAUGUAUUUGUGUGUGAAUUUUUCUAUUUGUUUGUAGAUUUGUACGUAUUUGUUUGAGAAUUGCUCUUCUGUAGCCAAUCAGAUGUGGCCCUCCUUUUCAACCAAUCACCUGAUGAUGUGAAAAAAUAACUAAUUAAUUGGUUAAUCCAGAUUAAAGGUUUGUUUUUCUCACACAUGUGAUCAUCAUGGAGGCAGAAUUCCACGGGUACACUCUUCCUGCUGUCCUCGUGCACUUUGCUCUCAACUCUCCAUCAUUUGACGGCUGUGUUUGAAAUGCCAAAACUCUCCCGACAUUUAGCCAGGGCGUUUUCCAAACCACAGUCUUUUAGGGGUACAGUGCAGGGUAGAUGUUGAAAUGGAAGUAGCCUAGCAGCUAGCUUAGCUUAGCGUAGCAGUGCGUAAAGUGGUCCAUUUGCAUCUUACCCCCUUCUGUUUGACAUGUGGAGAUAUUCCUCUGCGGGUUAGGGUCUGAUAUGGGUCACAAUGAUCAGGCGUAACCACGCAUCCAUUGGGGUCGCCCCCCCCAAUAUUGAGAAAACACCAAUCUUUCC